AUGCUCAGGACUGCUGCUUGUUUGGUGCUUUGCGUUUUAACAGGUAUGUGUGUAGGUGAGGGUGUCCUGCCCCCGGGACCCCUGAGCGGAGCUGUGGGGGGAAAAGUGAAGUUCACUACCACCCUCAGACCUCCUGAGCUUCCUUUCGUCUCCGUCAGCUGGACCUUCGAAGGGGUGAACAUCAUCACCUCCACCAGCACCAACAUCACUGAACCGGGGCACGCCAACAGGAUCACAUUAGACCGAUCCACGGGGGCCCUGGAGCUCAGGAGCCUGGUGCUGGAGGACAGCGGGGAGUACCUCCUCACCAUCAUACCAGAAGGAGGGCAGCAGGUGCAGGGGAGGACCACACUCCAGGUGUAUGAUCUGGUAAGUGGAGCCACCAUCCGCAGCCCCUCAGCCGUCCUCAUAGAAGACAAAAGCUACACCAACCUCAGCUGCGAGGCCUCCGGCUCCAUCAGCACCAGAGAGUGGAUGAAGGACGGCCGGCCGCUCCGUCAGACUGACAGACUCAGCUUCUCCAUGAACAACAAGACGGUGUUCAUGCAGCCUGUGGAGAGCUCCAACCACGGCACCUACCAGUGCCGAGUCAGCAACCCAGUCAGCAGCGUGACGGCGACCUAUGACCUCACUGUCAACUUUGGACCACAUAACAUAUCGAUCAGUGGCCCGUCAGCAGCAGCGCCUGGUGGGAGAGUGACCCUGCAGUGCUCUGCUGACUCCGUCCCUCCAGCAAACUUCAGCUGGACGUUCAAUGGCAACGAGACACACGUGAACACCUCCAUGUACGUCAUAGAGCGGCUGCAGGAGGACAGCAUCGGGAAUUACACCUGCACUGCCAGGAAUAUGGUGACCAUGAUGGAAAACUCCACAGUUCUGAAUCUGAGAGCAUCCUGCACUGCCCCCUGCUGGUCGUUUGUCCUGCUGCUGGUCAGUGCUCUCACUCUGAGGGAGUUAUUGUAAGAGGAAGUGUCAGAUCUGUUCCUGAAGCAUUUUGCUCAUGAUUAAAAUCAAUAACAAUGUCCUGUAAAUUAACAGUUAUUUGAUACUUCAGUUUGUUAUUCCUGAGCCAGAAUGUAAAAUCUCACACUGAAAAAACAAUGAUAUUUCUUGUUCAUUAAAUACUUUUGGAGAUGUAUAAUAAUGCAAAUUAACACCUGUGUGACCACACUUGGUUUCCCAAAUUAUGGCACCACGAAUGUCAUUUUC